UCGGUUGUUCAACUCGAGCGAAACUCACCACAUUGCUUGAUUGUCACAUGUGCGCACGGCACCCAGUAAGCCUUUUAACAAACGUCAAAAAUAUGGCCAAAGACAACGAAAAUUUUGAAGACACCAAUUUUUGGGGAAGUCUCGUACCGGUUACUACCUUCGAUACGGGAUCGUUUAGAAAUAACUCCAAUCGACGGACAAAUGAUACUUCGACAGAUCUAAUUACAUCGCAAUCUCCGUUUUUAUUGCCGUGCUUACGAAUGAUAUGCAAUUUACUUGAAUCAGAACCAAAAGCCCAGGAACAAUUAUUUCAAUAUUUAUUUAAAGGAAAUCAAGAAAUUUUAAGAAACUUUCCAGAACUAUCAAGAUUUUCAUUGGAUUUAACAAGUAUUCAAGAAAAGGCAUAUUUUAACGCAUUCCAAAAUUUAUUGGAUACAGCUAGAAAAACUUUAAACAGAGAUAUUCCGAGAUGCAUAGGAACAUAUCAAUUAGCGCAUUACGAACAACAUUUUGAAGAAAUAAAUUUUAUUGCAUCAGGAGGCUUUGGAAGUGUUUACAAAGCUAAAUAUAAGCUAGACAAUACGGAAUAUGCGAUAAAAAAAAUUAAAAUUAGAAAAGACAAAAUAAAAUCCAUUUUAUUUCAUCUUGAUGAAGUAAAAACAUUAGCAAAGCUAGAACAUUGUAAUAUAGUACCUUAUAAAACAGCAUGGAUAGAGCCGUUACAAACGGAAUCCAGUGUUAUUAUUUCAGAAGAGUCAUUAAAUCGUAAACCAGAGAUAGUAACAUCAACCGAUUUGGAUACUUUACCGUCUACGAGUACAAAUGGUAAAGAAUACAAUAAAAAAAAAUUAAAAAUUGAAUCUAAAGGAAAAAGAAAUAUUUAUCGAACUCCAAAUGAAUCAGUUAUAAUAUUCCGAGAUAAUGAACAAUUACAAGAAAUAGAAAAUUAUACAAAUGAAUAUAAGCAUGAAAGUUUAGACAACUCUCAUUCAUCAGAUUCUAUAGUAUUUACAAACAAAUCUGAAUCUUCAAAUUCAAAUGAAUCAUCCACAGAAAAUCAUCGAUUACAAGAGAUCAAAAAUGAUGCAAGUAAAUCCAGGCAUGAACAAUUGGAAAAAUCGUAUUCUUCAAUUUCUAUAGUAUUUACGAAAAAAGAAAAUCAUCCUUCAUAUUCAACUGAAUCACGCAAAGAAGAUAGUCAUCUACAGGAGACGAAAAGCAAAUCGAAUGAAUCUAGUGAAGAAAUUUCAGAAAGCUCUCAUUCUUCAGAGUUUGUAAUAUCAUUUCGUGAAGAUGCAUCAAUCCAAGAUAAAAAAGUAAAAGAGAAAAGAAUAAAUUGCAAAAAAAUAACUUCUGCAGAAAAUUCAAGUUCCUCAAAUACAUCAACUUCGGAAAGUAAAAAAACCAGUAAAUUUUUUUCAAAAAAAUUUCUGCUAAAAACUUCAGCCGUUGAUGCAAAUUCUACAGAUUCUUAUGAAAGUAAGACUGCUAGUUCUAUUAUAGAUUCAUCCGAAAAUAACACGUGGGGAUAUUUGUACAUUCAAAUGGCUUUGUGCGAUACUACAUUACGACAGUGGAUGACUAAUAGAGAGCCUCUAACAACCGAUUAUACAUAUGUAACAAUCGUAUCACAACUACUAGCAGGAUUAGAUUAUAUUCAUUCAUUAAAAAUCGUGCAUCACGAUAUCAAGCCGAGCAACAUUUUCAUAUCGCAACAUAACGGUGAGAUAAAAGUUAAAAUCGGUGAUUUUGGUUUGGCUUGUACGCUAAACAAAAAUAACCACAACGCCAUUGGAACUCAUGUAUACGCUGCUCCAGAGCAAUUAAGAGGAGAUUGCGAUCCAAAGAGUGAUAUUUACAGCCUCGGAGUUGUUUGUGUGGAGCUGCUCGUACCUAUGUCUACUUUGAUGGAGCGUAUGAAAGUGUUGGAAGACUUGAGGAAAAAUAAAGAAUCGAAAGUUUUAGAUCAUGUAGAUCCCCAAUGCCGUGAUCUUAUACUGAGGUUACUUCAAGAUGAUCCAAAAAAACGUCCAUCGAGUGUCGAUCUCAUGAAAGAAUUACAUUUGAAUAAGGAUGCUGCAUACACAAAAUUGAACAGACAACAACAAAUUUUGAAUGACGAAAACGAGCAACUCAAAGCCGAAAAUGUUCACCUUAAAGCUGAAUUAGACGAACUUCAAGCCAAAUUUAAGCAAAUGGAAGCUGAAUUGGAAGUUCUAAGGAAACAUAAAAAAUAAGAUCGUUAACACGUCUCGUUUCAUUUUAAUUUCUGGUCACAAUGUAUUUUUAUAUUAUAGUAUGAUCACAUUAUCUAAUUCGACGAGUACUUUUGAAGUUGAAAGAAACUUCUUUACAUUCAAAGAAGAAAAAGACUGAAAAUAACAUUAAGCAUGUAGAUAAAUUAUGAUAACGUAACUUUACAGCAAUUUUACAGCCCUGAUGCUAUUCGAAUUUAUAAGAAUCUCCUGCGAAUAUGACUUUUCCAUAACUCAUUAAUUGUUAACUGAAAAAGCGUAUUGCACAUCUGUUGAAUAGUUGAAGAUCAUAUUGAAAAUGUAUUCUUAAAUGUGUAUAAUUUGUAUAAUGAUAGUACAAAUA